AUGCAAAAAUUCAUCGACAAAGUUAAGCUCCAAAAUGCACAAGGGGACAAUUCCCCCAAUAAGCUAUUACCGACCAAAAGGAUCCAAUUUAAUAAUAUACUGGAAAAGAAAAAAAUAGAAGAGGACAAAGCAGAGCAUGUCAAACUGUUAAAAGUUGUUAAAGAGUACUAUCGCACUAAGCUGAAAAGACGAGCAUUUUCUGCAAUUACAAAUGAUUAUUAUAAAAUGCAGAGCCUUCUCUGCGUUCUUAAAUUAAGCGAUCUUCGGAGACGGAGGAAACUCGUUUUUCUAUCCUUUCUAAAACAUAAAUGCUCAAGGAAGUUGGCAAAAUGUGUUGCCCAGUCGAUCAACCGAUUCAUUGAGGCAAAACAGAGAAAAACCGUGAAAUUCCGCUUCUUCGAAAUUAUCAAAAAUAAAUUCUUGGCCACAAAAGGGACAUACUUAAAAAUAAAAAAAAAGAGAAUUGAUGAAAUUGUGACGAGUACAUUUUACAAAUGGUUGCACUUAACUGCAAAAAAAGUGGAAAACAAAUUUGAAAAGGCACGUCAUAAAAUUUUUCUCAAGUUGGAAACAAUUGUGUCUUCUUGGACAAAAAGGUGA